AUGAGCCAACUUCGAGCCACAAAACCUGGGCUCCUCGUGUGUGUAGCAAUUUGCAUCUUCGUUUUCCUUUACUUAAAAAGCCCAGAUCCUGAGGAAGCAGAGGAGGUGCCCACCUCUCCAGAAGCAGUGGAAUGUGGCUUCUAUCCAGAUGAACUAUGUUCAGCUUUAUUUCAAGGGAAAGAGGCAGCUCCCCAAAUCGCAAAAUUCUGUAAAAACCCUCAAACAACUGGAAUAUUUGCUUAUUUACGUACACCAGGAAACUGCUCCAGGAUUUCCCAAGGACUGCACUUCAUAACCAGGCCCCUGUCUGCAGAAGAGGGUAAUUUCUCUUUGGCAUAUAUUAUAACCAUUCACAAGGAGCUGGCCAUGUUUGUGCAGCUUCUCAGAGCUAUUUAUGCACCUCAAAAUGUUUAUUGUAUUCAUGUCGAUGAAAAGGCCUCAAAGAAGUAUAAGACUGUGGUGCAAAGCCUGGUUGACUGUUUUGAAAACAUCUUUAUUUCAAAGAGACAGAAGGUGGUUCAUGCUGGCCUUACAAGACUACAGGCAGACAUUAAUUGUAUGAAAGAUCUAGUCCACUCCAAAUUUCAAUGGAACUAUGUCAUUAAUCUUUGUGGACAAGAUUUUCCAAUCAAAACCAACAAAGAAAUUAUAUACCACAUCAGAAGCAAAUGGAAUGAUAAAAAUAUUACUCCUGGAGUAAUCCAUCCUCUAAACAUUAAAUCCGAGGCCAGUCAAAGUCAUCCUGAGCCCAGUCCUGAAGGAAAUGUCCAUGUAUCUCCAAAUAAAAAAUUCAAACACAAGCCACCUCAUAACCUAACCAUAUAUUUUGGAAGUGCGUACUACAUACUCACAAGAAAGUUUGUGGAGUUCAUACUGACUGACAUCCGUGCAAAAGACAUGCUUCAGUGGUCCAAACACAUCCACAACCCAGAGCAGCACUACUGGGUGACUUUAAAUCAACUAAAAGAUGCUCCAGGUGCUGCGCCAGAUGCUGGCUGGGAAGGGAACAUUCGAGCCAUGAAGAGGAGAGCAGAGGAAGGAAGUGUCCACGACGGAUGUAGAGGCCACUACAUCCAAGACACCUGUGUGUACGGACUAGGAGACCUGCCAUGGAUCAUUAAGUCACCUUCUCUGUUUGCCAACAAAUUCGAGCCCUCCUCAGACCCACUUGUGGUUACAUGCUUAGAGAGGCGGCACCGACUUCAGACCCUAAGGCAGGCAGAAGUCCCCGUGGAACCACACUGGAGUUUCCAACAGGAAACUCGUUUCAACACGAAACUGACCCACUAA